AUGUCAAAGUUUUAUUUUGUAUUUUUUUCCUAUGUGCUAUCCUUAUGUUAUGUAAUAGAAUGUGGCGUGGUUAACACAGGUACGGUUCUAUUUUCUAGUAGGGAUAUAAGCAGGCAGUGUUGGCAUCCUGAGGAAAUCGCCGUUUUAACUACAAGAAUGAUUUUGCAAGAUUUGUUGCCAGAAGUGAACGUUUUAGAGAUCAAUAACAAUGAUUACGUUGAUGAUAUUGUGGAGUAUUUUAGGUUGUUAUUUGAAGUUGUCCAAAAGUCUACGCAAGGCAGAUCAAGGCAUAUAACGAUGUUAGCAUUGUCAGACCUAAUCGGAGGUUAUUUGCAACAUGCUGUUUUACCAAUGGCGCGAUAUGCGUAUUACGCAGGUGUAAUCGACUUUCCCAGCAUGGAAAAAUUGAUACAACUCUACGAAGAACUCAAGUGGUUCCUAAGAACCAAUGGACAAGGUUGGGCGAAGCCUCUUCAGCCUAGAACUGAAUAUGACAUAGAACCCAUAGAUUUAUCUAAAGAAGGGAUAAAAGGCAACAAGUCCUGCUGCCGAAAUCUGAUUUACUAUCAACGGCCACCGAUAAAGCGAGAAGCUAACAGUGAAGAAGAAAAACCGACUAAGUUGUUUUUCCCAAUUCCUUUUUUCGACUCCAAAGUCCGUCCUUCUGCUAUCGCAGUGCCAUUUAGAAGAUUUGCUCUACGAAAUAUCGAGUCGAAAAGGGCAGCUUACAUGGUGUUGAAGUAUUACAUUUCCGUACAUAACUGCUUAAAUGACUUACACGCCGAUAAGUCUACAAGUGAAAGCUUCCAAAAUAGCUUAUACACUUGGUUAGAACAGAACGUUAUGCCCAAGCUGAAGGACGACAAGUUUUAUUCGGCUUUUGGGGGUAUUAUGAGGGUGGAAGAAUCUCUAAAACUACAAGGUGCAAAAUUCGCUAGUAAUACAGGGAACACUGAAUGUUUCGAAAAUGAAGGCGAUCAGGAACUGGGUGCCGUACCAGGAGGGGAAUCUUCGUCUAGGUCCAGCAUUAUUUUGAUUUCGAUGCUUGUUACUAUAUUUAUAUGGUUUAUUAUUGGUACGUUGUUCAUCUGCUACCGAAUCAGGGCUAAUAGCAAAAAAGGGGCACAAAUGAAUGUUUCGAGCGGCACAGGAAGUUCCAGUUCAUUUGGGUCUAGUAGCAAAUGGUCGUCUUCUAAAAGAACUGUGGAUACCUGCAAAUGUUGCACGACAGCAACAGAAAAGUCGGCAGAAAUAAACAGUUCUGUUUCCAGCGAGUUCGACAAAGAAGAAACUCGCAAAACAGGGAAAAAAUGUACCCCAAAAUCCCUGCUAAAAAGUUUCACUUUUGCAGAUAAGUGUUCAAAGAAAGAGCCCUACGGAAGGACCUGCUUCUGCGAUGGGCCUCCGACUAUUGACCCCAAACACUCGUUAAAGCUGCUACCAUCCAUACCGGAAAUGUCGGAGAAUUCGUCAUCGAAGCGCGACGACCGGAUAAAACUGAGUGGCAAAUCUAGGAAGAUAAGUUUUAAUAAAUCCUUGUGUCCAAGUAGUAGAGAAGACAAUGAUAUGGAGAAAAAUAAAUCGAAAAUCCGAAUAUGUGUGCCUAGAUUAGCAGAUGUUGAUGUGACGGCUUGCCCGCGUUAUGACGAUAAAGCUGUGUCUCUUUCAAGUUUUAAAACCAAAUCGAGCAAUGGAAAUGAUCUGGGUAUCCAAAUUUCGGAACCGGGUAUAGAGUAUUCAAUUGAGCAGCCAGAAAUUGAUAUAAAGGAAGAUAUUAUUGACACUAAUGGAAACACAACGGAAGAGACAUCUGAUAAUACUGGUAUUACUGCAAAUUCUCCACAUAUAUACGCCUGUCAUUCCAGUCUUACUGGUAAUUAUACUACAGAUCAGAGAUUCCAAAGUGAAAAACCAUUUAUUUUUGGUUAUGACUUCCAGACUUCAUCGUCUUCAGAAUUAUCUGAUGAAGAAAGUGAUGUGAGGACAUCUACAACAAAAUAAUUUCUUUGGAAAUGAUUAAUAUACCCGAAUUGUAUUACUUUCAUAUAUUUGUUUUAAUUAAAUGCAAUUUUCAUUA